AUGAACAGUAUAUCAGAAGGUGCCCGUGAAUGGGAGACAUUCAAAUAUGAUUCUUUCCACAUUCCCAAUGCUGUGUUCAACAGCCCCGACCGACCGAUCCCCUUCUCAUCCAUCUCGUCGUCUCCAGAUACUGGCCUCACUUCUUUUGCGCAGCUAGGUGCCUUGCGACUAAACGCAUCGCGCGCUCUGAUCUCGUUAUUUGAUCGUCAGCAUCAGUAUAUCGUCGCCGAGGCCACUCGGUCAAUGCCCCUGUCGCCAAACACCAAGUACACAAAGCAAAACCAUCUUUGGCUCUGCGGGACAGCCAUCCCUCGCGACUUUGGAAUUUGCGAACAUGUUUUGAUUGGAGCUACCCACGCGGCGCCCAGCAGCCUCCAUCCGACAGCACGUAUCACUGAUGAUAACGAACUUCCCGUGUCUGUAGUUCCGGAUCUUGCUGCUGACCGACGAUUUUGUAACCGCCCUUACAUCGACGCAGCGCCGUACAACCGAUUCUAUGCCGGCGUUCCCAUUCGGUCUCCCAAAGGCAUCAACAUCGGCGUGUACUGUAUCUUUUCCGAUACCCCGAGAUCUGGCCUCGACAUGGAGGAGUUGCAAUUUUUGCGCGAAAUCUCCCACACCGUAAUGGAAUAUCUCGACGCCAGAAGAGUAAACGAGAGCUACCGCCGGAGCGAGCGCAUGGUGCAAGGACUAGGAAAUUUCAUCGAAGGAAGAGACGACCCGGUGCCGACUGUGAGAACCACGCCUCGAGCGUCUUUGAAUGGAUUCGAGCCUCCGAGGCUCGCGGUAUCGCUGCCCGAUGCGGACCCGCCGUCACCUAGAUCUUCCGAGUCCCCUGAGCCCGUCCGCCCGGGCAUCAAUCCCAUCAGGGCAGACUCGAACGAUUCCUCAACAAAGGUCGAAUCGAGCGACUCGGUUGAGACAACUGCCACGACCGCGACAGUUGCUACCACCACCUCAAGUACGGCGCCACCCGACCCGCAUUUGACAGAAACCAUCAAGAUUUUUUCGAGGGCGGCCAAUGUAAUCCGGAAAUCUCUCGAAGUAGACGGCGCCUUGUUUCUAGAUGCCAGCAUCGGCUCUUUUGGUGGCCUUGUCACCGGUCCACGGAGGGCUAGUGAAGUGGCAGAUCAUACAUUCUCCAGCAGCGAAGACAGUCUCUCCGAGAGGUCCGAAGACGUCAACGACAAAUGGUGCAAGAGCUUUGGAAGGUCGUCGACGAUGGACGACAUUGCCAAUGGCGUCAGUGCACCACAACUCGGCCGCUUAACUUUGCGCGAAAAGUUUCUCAGGAAAUUGCUUCGUCGAUACCCCAACGGCAAGGUUUUCAGCUUUGAUGAGACGGGUCAAUGGUUGUCCGCCGACUACGAGAGCGACGAUGCCGACAUUACCCCUACGGAAGAACACGAUCUGCCCGCAUCUCGCCCCGAACAAAAAGCGGCUCAUUCUUACUUUACGAGGCGGAACGAGGCCAAGACGAUUAUUGAUAUCUUUCCGGGCGCGAGGAGCGUAGCCGUUGUGCCGCUGUGGGAUCCUUCAAAAGAACGAUGCUUUGCCGGAGGCUUCGUGUGGAGCAAGAGUGCGACUCGGAUAUUGACGCCUGCAGCGGACCUGCCUUUCUUGCGAGCGUUCGGUAUGGUCACCAUGUCUGAGGUCAUCAGGCUGGAUGCGGUAUUAGCGGAGAAGGCAAAGACAGACAUUUUGGGCUCCCUUAGCCACGAGCUUCGGUCGCCGCUCCAUGGUGUAGUCGCCGCUGCAGAACUUCUCCACGAUACCCAGUUGGAUGCUUUCCAGGUUGACGUCAUCCACACCAUUGAGAUUUCGGGCAAGACUCUUCUCGACACAAUUGACCAUUUGCUUGACUAUAGCAAGGUAAACACAUAUCUCCGAGCUUCCAAGUCUCAGCGGAAGAACAACGGCCCAGGGCGCGGGCUGCGACAGGAAGCAUCGACAUCGAUCGAAGCUGGUAUGAUGAGCUUGGUUUCCGACGUUCAUCUUGACUUGCUUGUAGAAGAGGUCAUUGAGAGUGUGUUCAUCGGUUACAGCUUCCACCAUAUGGUCGCCAACUCUUUAGCGCGCCACGGUUCAUCUUCAGGCCCCCCCACACCGGCCCAAGAAAAGCUUGAUGCCAUUGCGACGUCCGAUGGGCUGGGCCACAGGCGGAAACCAUCAGAUGCGCCCGCUGCCGCUCUCAAGGACGUCAAGAUUCUGGUCGACAUCGAUCCCAAUUGCGCGUGGGUGGUCCACACGAACCCGGGGGCUAUUCGUCGGAUUGUCAUGAACUUGUUCGGAAACGCCCUCAAGUACACAGCCAAGGGAUUUAUCAAAGUCCACUUGAGGCAAGAGGAGGUCGUACACAAGACAUCUCGGUCUGCGUCGAUGGUUGUACUCACCGUAACCGACUCGGGCAAAGGCAUCACCGAAGAGUUCCUACACAACAAGCUGUUUACGCCAUUCUCCCAGGAAGACGCUCUCGCACCAGGUACUGGUUUGGGUCUCAGCCUUGUCAGACAGAUUGUGGCAGGCCUCGGUGGAACUAUCAGCGUGAAGAGCCAGGUCGGCCACGGGACAAGCAUCACGGUAUCGAUGCCACUAGUGCUGUCGCGUAAAGCGAGCAGUCGGGGACGCAAAUUCUCGGCCGACUUGAAUGCCUUGGCCGGAACGCGACUAUCGGUUUGUGGUUUCAGUAGGGGACUUGAAGAUUCGGAAGAGCUUCGCGCCGGUGGACUGGAUCUUCCUGUGGAAAGUUUGCCAUUCAAGUGGAUGGAUCUGAAGCUCAGCGAAGACAGUCGAAGUUCGUCCAAGACGGAUCUGAUGGUUUGCAGCGAGGAGGCGUUUAGACGUCUGGGUCUCUCGGAGACUGGAGGUGUCGAAACUCCGCUCGUUGUGGUCUGUGGUAAUGCCGAAUCUGCCCAGAAGCUGGCAACCUCAUACAGGCGCUCCCUUCGCCACGAGUCCGUCAUGGAGUUUAUAGCCCAGCCUACUGGUCCCAGAAAGGUUGCAAAGGCUCUGGCUUGUGCACUUGACCGCUGGAAGCAAAGACAGCCUACGAAGACAAUACCCGUCAGUCCUCUGUCGGAUGCCUUUCCAGGACCUGUUCCGUCGCCCCGCGCCCUGAAGUCGGAUGCCCUCUUGACGAGGCCGCGAGCGCAAUCCGAGUCGGUCAAAAUGGUGCGGGUCGCCUCGCCUACUCCUGAGAUCGUAUCUCAGUCACCAGGAGACAGCUGGAUCGCCAAUACCAACGAUUCCAACUUCACUCUGACGCUCCCCUUCCGCCCGGCCGCGUCCGCAGCGGCGCCAGCUACUUCAACAGCUUCAGCCAGGGGCAGUAUGAACUCCAGCAUUAGCCCCUCUCCCGGAACCGUGAAGUCCCCGCUGGAGUUCCUUUUGGUGGACGACAAUCCUAUCAAUCUCAAGAUUCUAUCGGCAUACAUGAAGAGGCUACAAAAAAGGCAUGCAACUGCUUCCAACGGCCUCGAGGCCCUCCAGACCUAUACGUCUAAUCCGCAGAGGUUUUGCUGCAUUCUCAUAGAUAUAACAAUGCCGGUAAUGGACGGGCUCGAAGCUACAAGGCGCAUUCGGAAAUUUGAACGAGCACACAACCUUCCACCCGUGACGGUUAUUGCCAUCACGAGUCUGGGAUCGGCCGGCGCUCGGCAGGAGGGUUUCGCGAGCGGAAUGGAUCUAUUUUUGACACGACCAGUGACCAUGACAGAACUGGUCAAAAUAUUGAAACAGAGGAAACUAGUGGAUGAGGCGGCGGAAAAAGAGGUUCUAUCCUAA